UCGACACCCCACGGACAAUUCGCUCGGUGAAGAAACUACAUCAGUUAGGUUAGUGAAGCAUUUCGUGCUGCUGCUAUCUCAAAUGUUUCGGGUUGCAAAAUUGGAUGCUCUCUCGACGUACGGACCGACUACGACCGGCAGACACGAUCACGGCUAGAUGGACAGAGGUUGAGAUGCGGCACAUGUAUGGGGAUAUGCGAUAAAAAGUCAGAAACACGACAGCGGAGGAUAGUCGAUCAUAAUUCUACAGCCAGAUCAUCGCUGCUUUGCGUGGUUACUUGCAAUUCCGACUUUCGAACGACGACGUCGAGAGCUCUAAUCAGCGAUUCGUGACAUUGGACGGGAUCUUUCGCGACAGCACCUCAUUCAUCCCUAUCAGGAAUGUCCUGGCUGACAGAAGAUUUUGAACAGUAAUCUUCAUCAGACGCAAAGAUGGGUAUCUCUCGUGAUUCCCGCCACAAGCGCUCCGCUACCGGUGCGAAGAGGGCCACCUACCGCAAGAAGAGAGCCUUCGAGAAGGGCCGUCAGCCCUCCAACACCCGUAUCGGUACCAAGCGUAUCCACCUUGUCCGCACCCGCGGUGGCAACCAGAAGCACCGUGGUCUCCGUCUCGACUCUGGCAACUUCUCAUGGGGAUCUGAGGGUGUCGCCCGCAAGACCCGUGUGAUCGUUGUGUCCUUCCACCCUUCGAACAACGAGCUGGUCCGUACCAACACUCUUACCAAGUCUGCCGUUGUCCAGAUCGAUGCCGCUCCCUUCAGACAGUGGUACGAGUCCCACUACGGACAGCCCAUCGGCCGGAGACGGCAAGCUAAGGGUGAGGCUGCCGAGGAGAAGAAGAGCAAGAGCGUCGAGAAGAAGCAGGAGGCUCGUUUCGGCGCUUCCGGCAAGGUUGACCCCUCGAUCGAGAGACAGUUCGAGGCUGGCCGUCUCUACGCUGUCAUCUCGUCGCGACCUGGCCAGUCUGGCCGCGUCGACGGCUACAUCCUCGAGGGUGAGGAGCUUGCUUUCUACCAGCGUGCCAUCCGGAAGUAAAAAGGUGCUUUAGGCUUUGGACGGUGGCGUUGCGAGCAAAAGGAGAGAGGAUUGACGAUACCGUUGCUCGAUUGACGGGUUCGCGACAUGUGUAGGCGAACUCGACGGGCUGCGGAGGGAAAACUAUCUUUCAGCAGGGUGCUGCCUACGUCGACUGUAUUCCGCUGCUAGGGUG